CUAGUCAUUCCACAUCAUCUUCACCUUCUUCAAGCCAAACCGUGCCAGGAGCUGCCCCACCCUCCGGCACAGGUUACGGCAAAGUUACCAUCGACAUUAAUGAAGAAGGUCCAUUAACAGCAGAGCAGGAAGACAUUUUUACGGCAUUUUACCGCCGAAAAGUGGAGGCGAGUAAUGACAAACGAAGUGUCCAAGUCAAAACUGGAGGACAGGUAUGAAACAAAUUCUUUUCUACAUCUUUACCAAUGUAUUAGAUCAUAUACACAUUGUACUUUCACAUGAUUUGAAUAUUGAAAUAUGUGUUGGUCAGUGUGACUGAGAGCUUCAAUCUCAUUGCAGUUUACUUAUACACAAAAUAAUAUAUAUACAUAUAACAUAUAUAUAUAUUUCUUUUCAAAUGUCUAGCCCCUGCAUCUUGUACACAUUCCAAAGCCCCGGAAAACUGCUAGUGAGUCAACACCAUCCACUAGCAGGAAACGGGCAAAACUGAUGCAGGGGGUAAGGGACCAGCUCAGCGGUGGGGACUCUGCAGCACUGAUGAAGGAGGAGCUGCGCCUCCUUCCUCGUGAUGAACUACAGAAAAUGCUGCAGGAGCUGAAGCUGGACCAGGUCAGGGUUCCCACAGGCCACCUCCUCGCCGCUAAAGUGGGAAUUGGAAUGAACUGGAAUCAGUGCAGGAAACUGAGAAGAUGGCUAAAACAAUAUGGAGUGAGUGUGGAGAGUGAGAAAAAAUCCAGGGCUGUGGCUGCUGAGCUCCUCUCCAACAUCACAAUAAACGCAGAGAAGUUACCUUUUUCUGUGAAGGCGAAAGAUGACGGCACUGUGGAGCUUCUGCCCUGCGCCUAUGUCUCUUCCCUGAAGGACACCAUACUAGACAACCUGGAAAGAAGCAGGAAUGCAAGCAGCCUAACCUGGCAUGAUACAACAAUUCCCAAGGAGGAGAUCUGGGUCAAGCUUGGAGGGGACCAUGGGGGAGGGUCAUUCAAAAUGGCCUUCCAGGUCCUCAACAAGCCCAAUCCCAACUCCAAGGAUAACACAAAUGUGUUUUGUGUUUUCAACGCCAAAGACAGCAGGGAGAAUCUAAACCUUGCUACUAGCAGGUUUUCCUCUGACAUCAGGGAUUUGCAACAUUCAAAGUGGAAGUGUCAAGAUG